UCAGAGACUCACUCCCUCACUUACAUCUACACGGCGCUCUCCAAACCUGUCGGCCUCCCGGGCAUCCACGAGUUCACAGCCAUGGGUUUGCUGGACGACAAGAUGAUCGACUACUUUGACAGCGAAAAUCAGGAGAAAGUUCCCAAACAGCAGUGGAUGAGAGAGCGUUUACCUGCUGAUUACUGGGAUAAAGGCACACAGUCCCGCAAGAGCAAGCAGCAGUGGUUCAAGGUCAACAUCGGCAUCCCUCGCGAGAGGGAAGCAGUUGUCUCCAACCCACUUCAGCUUCCCCCUGCAGGCUGCUUUUAUUGUUUACACUCAUGA